GCAGCGCAGGUGGCGGCGGAGGCAACUCGCGUCUCUAUGACUCAGCUCAGUCCUGUGAUCAGGGUGGCCGCCGAGGAGUGGGUGCCCUACACCAAGCUGUUCUACGACAACGGCACGCAGGACAUCGCGGGGCCCAUGAAACACUUCCUGGUGGAGUUCUGUCGCAUGCUGGGAGUGAGGUAUGAGGUGGUGCGGCCUCCCGAUGGCCUUUGGGGCAAACCGCUCGAGAACGGCUCCUAUAGUGGAAUGAUGGGGCUGCUGAUGACAGGGCAAGCAGACUUUGCCUUGGGGCCAUUCGUGUACAGCUGGUGGCGGGAGGCCCUGGCUGACCUCACCACGCCUUUCUACUACAUACAGUACCACGUGCUUUCGCCACGCCCAGUUGUCCCCAGCGACCCCGCCGGGAUAGUCAAGACCUUCUCCUUUCAGGUGUGGCUGCUGGUGGCGGCGUGUCUAGCAGUGGUGGGCGUGGCCAUGAUGGGCAUGAUGUGGGUGGCCAACAAGUUUCAGUGGAAUACCAGGGUGGCGCCUGCGUGGUGGGCGGCGGAGUGGAGCUUCCAAGGAGCGGUUCAGCAAUCAACUCCGUGGUUGCCUGGAAACGCCAGUGGUCGGGUGCUGGUGACGGUGUGGCUCCUGUCUGCCCUGGUGAUCGCGACCACUUACAAGGGAAACAUCACCGCCAUGCUCACGCUGCCCAAGACUGACGUGCCCAUAGACUCCAUAGCCGACCUCGCCUAUCAGGACCGCCUGCCCUGGAAACUCGAGUUUGGGGGGAUAGACAAGAUCAUGAUGGUAAAAAUCUGUGCCCUGUCCACAAAAAAAAAAAAACUGGCUCUCUCCUUCCUGGAACAGUCAUGGGGAUAACUGAUGACAUGACAGGUCCCGGGCCUCAUGAGUUUUGAGCUAUUUUAUUUAUUUAUUUAUUUUUUAUUUUUUGGAGCUAAAAUAAAAAUAAA